AUGAACCUCACUUCCAUAACCCCUGAGUCCCAGAACGCGCAGAUAGAGUCACGCCCACUGCCAUUGUGCCCCUUCUGGGAACCCUCCCUGAACCCCAAGGCCAUCCUGGAGCUGCCCCUGGAGAGUCUGGCCCAGAAGCUGCAGGAUGAAGAGCUCAGUCUGGAGAGUGUCCUCUGUAGCUACUUAGAGGAGGCCCUGAAGGUAUAUAAGAAGGUAAACUGCCUGACGGAUUUCCUGGGCGAGUGUGAGGAGAAACUGCAGGCAUUGAAGAAGCCCAAGAAGACUGAGAGAGGCCUUCUCUAUGGGGUUCCCAUCAGCCUCAAGGACACCUAUGACUGCAAGGGCCAUGACUCUACGUGUGGCCUGGCCCAGUUCCUGGAGAAGCCUGCGGCCAAGGUUGGGGUCAUUGUGAAAGUGCUCAAGGCUCAGGGAGCUAUUCCCUUGGUUAAGACCAACAUCCCCCAGACACUGCUCAGCUUUUAUUGCAGCAACCCCAUCUAUGGACAGACCCUGAACCCUCUGAACUUAAAGAAGACACCUGGGGGUUCCUCAGGGGGUGAGGGAAUCAUGCUGGCACAAGGGGGUUCCAUCCUGGGCAUGGGGUCCGACAUUGCUGGCAGCAUCCGCAUACCAGCCAGCUUUUGUGGGGUCUGUGGCUUCCGGACCACGGGAUACCGCCUCAGCUACUCUGGAAUCGCCUCUGCUGUCAAAGGCAAGAAAUCAGUGACUACAGUGGCUGGCCCCAUGGCCCGGGAUGUGGAGAGCCUGGUGCUGUGUGCGAUGCGAGCCCUGCUAAGUGAAGACAUGCACCGAUUGGACCCCACUGUGCCUUUCAUGCCCUUCAGGGAGGAGGUAUACUCCAGUAACCAGCCCCUUCGAAUUGGCUACUGUGAAUCAGAUGGCUUCACCCAGCCAACUCCUAGCAUGGCCAGGGCCAUGAGGCUCACCUCCAGGCUGCUCCAGGAUGCAGGACAUCAGGUCAUCCCCUUCUCCAUCCCCCGUGUAGAGUAUGCUGUCGAACACCUGUUCGUGGGAGGUCUGUUUGCCGAUGGAGGGGCCACCCUUCUGGAGAAGAUUGAGGGGGACAUUGUGGACCCUUGCAUAAAGACAAUGAUCAACACGCUCCGCCUGCCAGACCCUCUCAAGUGUUUCUCGGCCUAUAUCCUGAAGUACAUAGAGUAUCAGCAAGAGUUCAUAGCCAAGUGGAGGUGCUUGGACCUGGAUAUCUUGCUGACACGAGCGCUGACCCCUGCCUUCUCUACAGGCCAUUCUAGCAUGGCAUUAGACGUCGCCUCCUACUGGAGCCUGUACAAUGUCCUGAACUUCCCCGCUGGCAUGGUGCCGGUCACCGCGGUGACGCUGCAGGACGAGGAGGAACUGGCCUUCUACAAGGGAUACUACGGAGACAGUUGUGACAAAUCUUUCCGGGAGGCGGUACAAGGAUCCGUGGGACUUCCUGUGGCUGUGCAGUGCGUUGCUCUGCCGUGGGAGGAGGAGCUGUGUCUCCGGUUCAUGAAGGAGGUGGAGACCUUGGCCAAGAACCACAGGGGACCUGAGUGA